AUAAGGCUCCCUCGAUCCUGUUCGGAAACUAAUACUAAAUAAUAGGCGAAUACUACGAAUAACGCGCUUUGCUCGGGUAAGCAUCUCAUACAGGCGGUGAAAAAAGAUGGCUGCCCAGGAAGUGCAGCCGAGUGAGACCAUAGCGAAGCUGAAAUCCGAGUCAGAGACGCUGAAGACGAAGCUGGAGGACGAGCGGGCCAAGCUGCAUGAUGUAGAGCUGCACCAGGUGGCAGAGAAGGUGGAGUCUCUCGGCCAGUUUGUCAUGAAGACGAGGAGAACCCUGAAAGGACACGGCAAUAAAGUGCUUUGCAUGGACUGGUGUAAAGACAAGAGGAGAAUUGUGAGCUCGUCCCAGGAUGGAAAGGUGAUUGUGUGGGAUGCAUUUACAACCAACAAGGAGCAUGCAGUGACCAUGCCAUGUACAUGGGUGAUGGCCUGUGCGUAUGCCCCAUCUGGAUGUGCGGUAGCGUGUGGUGGUCUUGACAACAAGUGUUCUGUGUACCCACUCUCCCUGGAUAAGAACGAGAAUCUGGCAGCGAAGAAGAAGUCCGUGGCAAUGCACACCAAUUACUUGUCUGCCUGCAGCUUCACCAACUCAGACAUGCAGAUCCUGACAUCGAGUGGUGAUGGAACGUGUGCAUUGUGGGAUGUGGAAAGUGGACAGCUGCUCCAGAGUUUCCACGGUCAUGCAGCUGAUGUGCUUUGCCUGGACCUCGCUCCAUCUGAGACCGGCAACACCUUUGUCUCUGGGGGCUGUGAUAAGAAGGCAAAUGUAUGGGACAUGCGCUCCGGACAGUGCAUCCAGUCAUUUGAGACCCACGAGUCAGAUAUUAACAGUGUGCGAUACUAUCCGAGUGGGGACGCAUUUGCCUCUGGCUCAGAUGAUGCGACUUGCCGUCUGUACGACCUGAGGGCCGAUAGAGAAGUGGCCAUUUAUUCCAAAGAGAGCAUCAUAUUUGGAGCUUCCAGUGUAGACUUCUCUCUCAGUGGCAGACUGCUAUUUGGCGGCUACAACGACUACACCAUCAACGUGUGGGACGUCCUAAAGGGGACCCGCGUAUCCAUUUUGUUCGGGCACGAGAACAGAGUCAGUACCCUUCGCGUCUCUCCAGACGGGACAGCGUUCUGCUCGGGGUCCUGGGACCACACUUUACGGGUCUGGGCUUGAACAGCAGCUUGCAUUGCCUGCUAGGUUCUCUCCGGCAUUGACGUCAACAGCGACAUUCACUAGAACAACUAUUAACUUAACGUGUUGGGUUCAUAAGAAAUGCACAGUAGAGUAGAACAGGGUUGAAGAGAGACUGUAGUCUAUACAGACAAGAGCACAAUCUAAUUGUUAAUUAGAUUUUUUAUUUUUUAUUUUAAAUGUAUACAGGACCAAAACUCGUCCGCAAUCACUAGCUCUGUCUGGAAUCAUAUACCACGAGCUGUUUAUACUUAAACAGUAAAUACUUCUCGCUUAUACAUGAAGUGCAUGCAGUUUAUAAAGAAGACUAUAAAUAAUGGGGUAUCAUUCUACUUCACACUCCUUCUCUGGCUACAUAUGUCACCUGAUUCAACUAUGAGUGAAUAAACAGGCAUGUGCUUGUUGGAAUAAGUUCAUAUAUAAAUAGCAGCGAGCAAUUGUGAGGAAGUUUUCAUAUAUUUACAAUUUAAAGUGGCAGUUGCCUGUUUUUUUUUGUUGUUGUUGUUGCUUUUUUUCAUUUUAUUUUAACGAACAUGAACAUACUAUGGACUCAAAUCAUAUAUAAAAUGGCAAGGUAAUACGUGGAAGUAUUAGAUUUCGUCUACGACUACGCUCUUCUUCCAUAGGACACUUCAUAUCCAUCGACUC